UAAAAAUUGGCGGCUAAAAUGAAAUGAAAUCAUCUCCCCGUAUAUUUUACUCUAGUCAAUCAUCUCUGCUUGCCCUGUCUCUCUUCUCUUUCCUGGUUUCCUCUCUCUCAAAUUUCUCUACAAAACCCACAAAGUCCAACUAAUUUCACUUUCUCCUCACAAAAAAGAAAAGGCAGAGUAGAAAAAAAUAGCUAAACGGAGAGAUGGCAGCAGUGGUCACACAAUCACCACCACCAUUAAUGGAAUUCAUCCAUGAUAGUUCCUGUUCAACACCAUAUAUCAGUGCUCCUUCAAGUCCUAAACUUAUAACUCAUCAUGAUUUAUAUUUCAGUGCUCCUGCUAGUCCAACUAGUUUUACUUCAAUCUAUCGAGAAUUCAACAAAAACCCAAGUAUUAAUGGUGUUUCUAAUUCUAUGGUUCCUUUUAAUUGGGAAGAAAAACCAGGUACACCCAAACACAGGCUCAAACCAUCAUCAGAAGAAGAAGAAAAUGAGGAUGAUGACGAUGAUGGUGAGUUUGCUUUUGAUUUCAAUAGUCAAUUUGAGAAAAGUUCAGCACUUUCUGCAGCUGAUGAAUUAUUUUAUGGUGGAAAAAUCCGACCUUUAGAACCACCACCCGGGAUAAAAAUCGGUUUCGAUGAUGAUCGGAAAAGCUUAGUUUCUUCACCUAGAUCACCAAGAUCACCAAUUUCACAAGGAAAGAAGAUUAUUCGCGACGCGUUUUCGCCUAGGCAAAGAAACAGAGAUAUCGAUCCUUUUGCUGUUGCAAUGGAAGAAAGCCGAAAACAAGAACAAGAACAUGAACAUGAAAAGAGAGGCAGAAACGAGAAAAGGACAGGUUCCAAUUCGAAGAAAACUUCGGCACAGAGAUGGACUAGAUCACUUUCUCCAUUUCGAGUUUCUGAUCAAUUCGAAGAAGAUGAGAAACAAGAACCAAAAGUACCAACGAAUUCAUCAAAAUGGUCAUUCGGAGGUUAUAAGAAAUGGAGAUUAAGGGAUUUGUUAUUGUUCCGAAGCGCGUCAGAAGGGAGGGCUAACGAUAAAGAAACCAUUAGAAAAUUUGCAGUAUUAUCAAAGAAAGAAGAUGUAAAAAGUUCAAGUUUCAGGUCUACUGAUAGUGCUGGUUCAACAUCAUCGAGAAGAAGAGGAAAUGUUUCAGCUCACGAGUUACACUACACAAUGAAUCGGGCUAAUUCAGAAGAGUUGAAAAGGAAAACUGUUUUACCAUACAGACAAGGAUUCUUUGGAUGUUUGGGAUUUAAUCCAGCCGCAAAUCGUAUUGCUAAAGGAUUUAAUUUGUAGUGCAUGAAAAUUUCAGAUCAUUUUACUCUGUGAUCUCUUUUUUUUUUUUUUGAAAAAUCAGAAAUGUUAUUGAAUUCUUGAGUUAUCAUUGUGUUUGUUGUUUUCUUUAUUGUAAAGAUCCAAAAAAGAGGAAAAAGAAAAUAAAAACUUUGUUGACAAUUGAGAGAA